CGGGAAGAGAGGCGGGCGGCUGCGCGGGGCAUCCCGGGAGCAAGGGCCCGGCGAGGGUUUGGGCGCAGGGCAUUGUGGGAGGUGAACGCCGCUCCGGGUUGGGUAGAGCCCCAGAAUGGAGCUGACGGAGCCCCCACCCAGCACAGCCUCUGUGCAGAAGGAGGAACAGGAGCUGUUGGAGCAAACCUUUUUCUCCUGGGCUGAAUUCAGCCACUUCUUUGACAAGUGGUGCCAGGAGCGGCUAGCAGUCUUCUCGGUCAAGAGUUCGACGCAUGUGUCACGCAGCCCCUGGGCUAGCGCACCCCCGCUCUACAGGCUCAUCCACGUGCUCAAGUACAGCUACGUGCUGCUGGUGUGCAAGGACUUGCGCGCACCCACCCAGCCUGAAGCAUCGUGGUCCUCUCAGCCCCGCUGCCCAGCCUUCAUCACCAUCAAGCUGAGCCCAUUGAGGGACCGACUCGUGGUGUCCGAGUGCAAGCUCAACCACUCGCACCCUGCCUGUCCGCACAUGUUUGCCUACCACUUCCGCCCGGGCCACCUGCUGGCCAACGCCUGCCUGCCCCUGCCCGUGCGCAUCACCAACCAGAUCUCCAAGCAGUUCGUGGCCCCAGCCGAUGUGCACCGCCUGCUGUCCCACUGCAAGGGCCCAGAUCACGGGGUCCUGGACGCCCUGCACGUGCUUGAAGGCCUCUUCCGCACUGACCCGGAGGCCAAGGUAAAGCUGGUGUUCGUGGAAGACCAGGCGAUGGUGGAGACUGUGUUCUUCCUGACCUCGCGGACCAGAGCGUUGCUGCGACGCUACCCACGCAUGCUCCUGGUGGACCGGCUGCCCGGGCUGCAGGGCGCGCUGGACCUGAUGGCUGUGCUGUGUGUGGAUGGCAAGGGACGCGCGCGCCAAGCCGCCUGCUGCGUGGCACGCCCUGGCACGCCGAGCCUGCUGCGCUUCGUGCUGGUGUCCCUGCUGCAGAGUGCGCCCGACGUCAAAGGCCGGGUGCGCUGCCUCACCGCUGGACCCGAGGUGGCUGGGCAGCUGCGGGCCGUGCGCCAGCUGCUGCCUUGCGCGCGCGUGCAAAUCUGCCGCGCCCAGGGUCUGGAGACGCUCUUCAGCAAAGCCCAGGAGCUGGGCGGCGCCAGCCAUGAGGACCCUGACCUGUGGCCACUCCUGUGCCGCCUGGCAGGAGCCACAUCCUAUGCGGCCUACAGCGAGACGCUUGCUGAGCUGCGCUCCCAGGCCCCAUCAGCCUUCAUCAAAUACUUUGAGCACAACUGGGCACCCCGCCAUGACAUGUGGGUGCGUUUCCGUGCCUAUGAGGCGUCCCGCGACCUGGAUGCCUGCGCUCUUGUAUGUGGCCACCGCAAGCGACUAUUGCGCCGCCUCAGCCCUUCACACAGUGUGGCACAAUGCCUUCGCGACCUGGUGGCCAUACAGUGGGCCGAUGCAGCGGGGGAGUCUCUCUCUGAUGGGGCCGACUGCAGCAAGCUGUGGCUGGAGAGUAAGCCUCGGAGCGGGGUCCAGCCGGAAAAGGAUAGGGCGAGGGGCCAGGAGGCCGGUGACAGGGGAGGACCUCAGCGAGAAGGUGAAAAAGCGAGGGGAUUUCAGAUGAGAGAUUGGCAAGGGAGCCAGUUGGAGACCCAGAAGCUAAGAGGGUCUGAAGAGACAGGAGCCCAGCUAGAGAAAGAGCCGCCGAGGGGGGCAGAGGGCAGAGACUGGAGGGGAGUGCAGAUGGACGAUGGAAGGCGGGUGCUGGGGACCACAGACUUGAGAGGAACCCAGUUUGAGUCGGAGAGGAUCAAGAGUCUUGAAGGGGGUCCCUGGAGGGAAGUCCCGUUGCAAGACGAAAGUAUGAAGGGGCUGAAAACUCCAGACUGGAAGGGACAUCAGUUAGAUGUGGAGAAGGGGCCUGAGGUCAGAAAGUGGAGAGAGAGCCAGGUGGAGAAGCCCUUGGAGUUGGUCCCUGAGAACGGAGACCAAAAGGGACCACAGUGGGGAGAUGAGGGGAGGAGAGGGCCAGAGAAUGCAGAGGAGAGAGGAGGGAGGUUGAGCGUCAAAAGGAGACGGGGCCUGGAAGACAUAGUUGUAGUCCAUUUGGAGAACGCAAAAGUUGCAGGCAUAACAAAUGGAGACGGAGGGGAAGCCCAGUCUGGUGACCCUAAGAACGGAGCAGAACAGACGGAGUUGGAGGACACAGGAGAGAGGCAUGCAGGGGUGGGGAAUGGAAUGCCACCCACGACCCCUGUGCGGACUGGGUCGGAGGGCAGCACAGAAUGGGCAGUGACAAGAAGCGAGUCCCUGGUUACUGGGGAGACCUUGCAGGUAGAAAGUGAAAGAGAAGGCCAACCAAAGAAGCUUUGCCGCCCCUCCAGAGAGGAAGAAGUGGACUGGGAGCUGCUGGCCAAAUUCCGAGCAGCCUGUGGGCCAGAGCUGGCAGACCUGGUGGCCGAGGAGCUGGCCUUUGCCAGGCAGCACGGGAUCCGGGGUUUCCACUGGACGGGAGCUGGCUUUGCCCUUAAGGAUGGCACCUCAGACUUCUUCUUGGAUGGUGCGCUGACGCACUGCAGCUGUUCAAUCCACGCUGCGCGGCGCCUGCCCUGCAGACACCUCUUUGCAGCUCGUCUCCUCACUGGGGCAGCCUUGUUCCACAUGGACCUGCUCAGGGAUUGCUGGGGAAGAGCUCAGGAACCCUGACCCUGUGCGCCCCUGCCUGCCACCCUCCAAGUAGAGGGCGGGAAGGUAGUCUUCAAUCCCAAAGAUUACAGGGCUGAGGCCCAGGAGGCCGUCCCCAAUCAACCUCUCGGAUCAUCCUGGGACCUCCUCUUAGCACACUUCCUCUGUGCUGACCACGAUCUCUCGAGAUCCUGGGACCACACCUGUGGGAAGUGCGGACAGGCAGGACACAUUCAGAGGACACUCCUAGGAGGGGAAAAGUGUGUGAUGAGAUGUGUAGACCAGAUUCGGCCAAGGCAGAGAAUAAGAAAUACGCAGAGCUGGGGAAGUGGGGAAGCACAGUGGAGGUCAGGGAAGGACACUGGCUUAUGGGGCAACUUGACGGGAGAUAAGCACUGGUAACCCAAGGGAAUGCAGGAAUGGAGUGGAUGGACGAAGCAUGGGAGAAAGAACAAGAAGGCCGACGAAGAGGAGGCAGAAAUGGGGGAAGGGAUGACAAAAACGGAGUCAGGAGAAGAGUAUAGAAGAGGGAAUUUUCAAGGGUGACAGAAGACACAGAUGAGAGCGACCUGCUUCCCCUUCUGGUUGAUCAUUCCUGGGAGUGAAUGAGAGGGCACCAGAGGUCUGGCGUGAUGAUGGACGGGAGAUUAUCCCCCAAGGAGGGGAACGGUUUGAACUGCUGUGUUUCAAGAUUGGAAUAAAACAGCAUUAUUUUGGUUUCUA